AUGCCUUUUGGGCUGAAGAACGCCGGAGCAACCUACCAAAGGCUGGUGAACAAAAUCUUCAAGGAGCAGAUCGGCAAAACUAUGGAGGUGUACGUGGACGACAUGCUGGUCAAGGCCCCAAAAUGUGCAGAUCACCUCAAAAACCUCGCUGAGGCAUUUGGCCUGCUCCGCCAGUAUCGCAUGAAGUUGAACCCAAGUAAAUGUACAUUUGGUGUAUCCUCUAGCCGAUUCUUAGGAUACUUAGUCACACAACGAGGUAUCGAGGCACACCCAAGUCAGAUCAAAGCUAUUCUCGAGAUGAAGUCGCCUUCCACAGUGAAGGAAAUACAAAGUCUGACGGGCAGAGCAGCGGCCAUCAACCGAUUCCUCUCAAGAUCAACCGAUAAGUGCAAACCAUUCUUCAAAGCUUUGAAGAAAGGACAAAGAGACAGUGUCCAACUCAGCUGUCAACUCAGCUCUCAUCAGAGAAGAGCUGGGGGCCCAACAUCUGGUAUUCUACACGUCAAAAGCUCUCCUCGUUACCCAAAAUUGGAGAAACUCAUUUUGGCUCUUGUAGUUUCCGCGAGAAAGCUACGACCCUACUACCAAGCUCAUCGAGUCAUCGUCAUGACUGACUUUUCUUUGAGAUUAAUCCUUCACAGCCUUGACGCUUCUCAGCGACUCAUGAAGUGGGCUAUAGAGCUAAGCCAAUAUGACCUCAUCUACCGGCCAAAAGUUGCAAUAAAAGCCCAAACUUUAGUUGACUUCACCCCAUCGGCCGAAGAAGAGAAAAUGGCCAACGAAAAGAAGGAAAGUUCAAAAGCAGACAGGACCUCCUCUGAACCUAGCCAACCUAGAGACACGUGGCAAUUGCGGGUAGAUGGAGCGUCAAACCAAAAAGGAGCUGGAGCGGGUGUCGUCAUCAUCACCCCGGAUGGAACCUUGUUGGAGCAAGCUAUCACGCUUGGCUUCCCGGCCUAG